AAACACAUUAAAGGUGUCAUUAAUUAAUAAAUAGCGCCAUUGAGUUUUUGUUUGGUUUUGUUUUUUGUAGUGUAGUGAGCUGUAGUGAGCACUGAAACAAAUCAAUAUCCUGUGAGAGCUCAAACACUGACAGGAUAUUGCUUAAUUAAAGUCAGCUAGGUUUGUUGUUGCAAUUGGAGAUUAGUUUAGUCUGUGGAACUUUCUAGCAGUGGUGUGGGUUAGUACAGUUGGGGGGACUGUCUCAGUUAAGCUGAGUUGGUUGAAGUGUUGCUACACAGGAAGUAGCAAAGCUGAAAGAACUUGCACAGCCAUGGACGCUUGUUAUCAUCUACUUCUAGUCUUCCUACUUGCUGGAUUUUGUUCAUCUGGGAAAUCUCCAGUUCGUAUCUUUGUCAAAGGGCCUGCUCCGGGCAAACCACAAAAUGUCAGUAAAAAUGAUACAGAUGUUAAACAGGCUGUCCUAACUGCAACCUACACCUUCAACAACAUGUCCAAUGAUGCCUUCUUUUUUAAGGCUUCGGCUAUUGAUGAAGCACAAAGACAAAUAGUUAAAGGUAUAAAGUACUUUCUCAAAAUCGAGAUGUCUCGGACUGUGUGUAUGAAGAGAGAGAUUAAUGCUGACCUUGCAACCUGUGGCUUCCAGCUAAAACCUGACUUACAACAGACUUUUCUCUGUAACUUUGAGGUAUGGGCUACACCAUGGCUGAAGAUAAUGAAGACCACACAUUUCUUUUGCCUUCCUUCAGAAAAGUAUUAUUAAUAACUAUGCAUCUGAAACAGCAUGUGCAUUGAAUUUGAGUU